UUAUUUUUCUUUACUUUACAGAAAAGGCCACAGAUGGCUCUUUGCAGAGUGAAGACUGGACACUUAACAUGGAGAUCUGUGACAUUAUCAACGAGACAGAAGAAGGGCCCAAGGAUGCCAUUCGGGCGCUGAAGAAGAGGCUGAAUGGAAACAAAAAUUACAGAGAGGUCAUGCUGGCGCUGACGGUGUUGGAGACGUGUGUGAAGAACUGUGGCCAUCGCUUCCAUGUCUUGGUGGCAAACCGUGACUUCAUCGAUGGAGUUCUGGUGAAAAUCAUCUCACCCAAGAACAACCCCCCCACUAUAGUACAGGAUAAAGUCCUAGCACUGAUUCAGGCUUGGGCUGAUGCCUUCCGAAGCAGCCCCGAUUUAACUGGGGUAGUGCAUAUUUAUGAAGAACUCAAGAGGAAAGGCAUCGAGUUCCCCAUGGCAGAUCUGGAUGCUCUGUCUCCAAUACACACACCACAGAGGAGUGUUCCUGAAGUUGAUCCUGCAGCAAAUAUGCACAAUUCCCAGUCUCAGCAAAGGAUGAGCAGCAGUUCUUACUCUUCGUCCUCUCCAACGGCCUAUUCUGCUCCUCAGGCCCCAGCCCUGAACGUGACUGGUCCCAUCACUGCUAACUCUGAACAGAUUGCCCGACUGCGCAGUGAGCUGGAUAUUGUUCGUGGCAAUACAAAAGUGAUGUCUGAAAUGCUGACAGAAAUGGUACCUGGACAGGAGGAUUCCUCAGACCUUGAGUUACUCCAGGAGCUGAACCGAACCUGCAGAGCCAUGCAGCAGAGAAUUGUGGAGCUUAUCUCACGAGUGUCCAAUGAAGAAGUCACAGAGGAGCUGCUGCACGUGAAUGAUGAUUUAAAUAACGUCUUCCUCCGAUAUGAAAGAUUUGAACGAUACAGAUCGGGACGCUCAACACAGAACGCCAGCAAUGGAGUACUGAAUGAGGUGACAGAAGAUAAUUUAAUAGAUUUGGGUCCUGGCUCUCCAGCUGUGGUGAGCCCAAUGGUUGGGAACUCAGCACCUCCAUCUUCACUUUCUUCACAGCUUGCAGGGCUUGACUUGGGCACAAACAGUGUCAGUGGCACACUCAGCUCCCUCCAGCACAGUAAUCCUCGUGAUGACUUUGACAUGUUUGCACAGACAAGAGGCAGCUCUUUGGCUGAGCAGAGAAAGAACGUGACGUACGAGGACCCACAGGCUGUCAAAGGACUGGCAUCUGCCCUGGAUGUCCGGAAACAGAACACAGGAGGGAGGAGAGGUAAAGGUGGGAACUCAGACAUGGAGCCCAUAGACAAGUGGCUAAUUACACAAGGAAUGAUCCCUGUUGCACAGUCCUCUGUCAUGGAUGACAUUGAGGAGUGGCUCAGUACCGACUUGAAAGGCAACGAACUGGAAGAAGGAGUGACCAGUGAAGAGUUUGACAAAUUUUUAGAAGAGCGAGCCAAAGCGGCGGAGAUGGUUCCCAACCUGCCAUCCCCUCCCCUGGAAGCCCCCACCCCUCCGACAAAUCCUUCCAGCAGGAAAAAGCAGGAGCGCUCGGAGGACGCCCUCUUUGCACUGUGAAGGUGGCGGAGCCGCCCUCCCUCCUCCCCCGCGCUCCGCCCGGCCGAUGUCGCCGCACGGCCACUCUGUCCUCCCACAGCCCUUGGCUAACAACGACUCCCGUCCCCCCCAUUCCAUAGUUUGCUUCUCCUUCCCUCCCUCCCCAAAUGAUCCACCCCCACGAGCUGACUCUUUCUAUUUAAAUCCAACACUAUUCCUGCCAGACCACGAUUCUCCAGCACUCGCUUAAUCCCCUCCUUCCUGUCCCAGCUGCACAAAACCAGCUCUUGAUGCUGAAAACCCCUUCAGAAUGCACGAGUACGUCACACUGGGCUGAAACAAAAGCCCAGGGGGAAGAGAGCAGCCUUGCCCUUCAAUUUAUGUAGGGAUCAUCCUCUUCUGUAGGCAGGUCCUGCCAAGUAGACGGCUCUGUCAAUCAGCAUGUAAUUGACUGAGCUGGAAUGUUCAGGAGGAGUGUGUCUUUAUUUUUAGAUAAAAUGUUAAUGUAUUGGCUUUCGUGUUGGAUUCGACAGCAAGGAACAACUGUUCCCCUUUCAACAUGUGCUUCACAAGUUAAAAUCCUUUACUCUCCCACUCACACAUCUCCUGGUACCAUAUGGUGGUCGCUUUUCCCCACUUUCUGUGGCGUUUCAUUUCUAAAUCUCACAGGGUAUUUUUUGCCUUGUGUUUUAUCUGGGCUUGCUCUAAUUUGAAGCAGUCUGUUGGCCAUGUCCAGUAGCUCUGGCAGUUGAUAAGGAUGGAAAAUGCUGGGCUAAGUGGAUGCUGUAACGAUGGCACAGGAAGCACCUCGCUCUUUGGGAGACCAUUCUCACACAGGAAUUUUCCUGGUGUGUUUGCCUUUUAAAAUAGCUUGGUUAUUUUCUCCUUACCUUAGAUUCCUUCUUUGGUGACUCUAGAGCUCUGCAUUUGGUGUAAACAUCCGUGCAGAUGGAUGGGACUUGUUCAUGGAUUGGGUGUGAACUGAGCUUCCUGGAUUCCCUGCCAUGCCUGGUAGGACAGAUAUGCUGGUUCUUGGGGAUAGGCAUGAGGAAAAGAGCAAACCUCAGAGGUUUGUAUGGAACGCUGAGGGAAGUGGUUACCAUGGAGGGAUUAGCUGUGCCAGCCUGUGCUGGAGGUGAAACUCCUCAUCUCCUUCCAGCUUUAGGCCUGAGAAAGUGCUGAAAUGAUUGUGACCGUGCUAUUUGUGAUUUUUGGAAUGUCUUUUGAUCCUUCUGCCCUUCAUUAACUCCCAGCUCCUACGGGGCUGCAGUCUCUGUGCAAACAAACGUCUUCCCUUGCUUGCCAGAGGCAUGGCCAGGAUUCCUGCUCCUCUGGGGCUGCCAAAGGGAUUCCAGCAUGUGUGCCUGCCUUGCUGGGCUGACAGGCAGGGCUGGAGCUGCAGCCACGGCCGCGUCCCCAGCGCGUUCCUUGGGAGGAAGCCAGUGGUGCAGGAUGGCAGGAUCAAAGAGAGAGCUGAGCAGUGCAUGGCAGGAGAAUCUCCCAUCCUGACAGAGAGGCACUUUAUCAGCUAAAAGCCCGUGCAGGCAGCAGGCUCCAGCCCCUCUUCCUCAGGGUGUUCCUUGGCUUAGGCAACCUCCUUCUGACCUGACAUGUCUGAGCUUCCCAGGAUGCUGAUGUGUGUCAGGCUCUCUUGAAAGUUGUUCUAGGCCAAGUGAUAGAAGCUUUUAUCUGAGCAUAGCAUUUUAUCAGCCCAUACCACGCUCUCUGAGGACCACCCCCUUUGGGACGUUGUGACACACAAAGCCUGUUACCAAAUGCCUGACGGCAGCGCUGAUGGACUUUGACAGCGGACACAUUAAUCUUUGAAGGGAAGUGUUGUUUGGUGCAGGAUUUCCAGGCCAUCCCAGGUCAGGUUUCACUCUGUGCUCUCCCUGCUCAUUGUCUUCUCUGUCCUGCCCUGCCUGUAGCCUCUUCCAGGAUCCCUCCAUAUGUAGCUGGGCCCAGGCAGGGCUGUCCUGCCACCCCUCUGUGCUGAAUGUGACACCUCAACACUGCACUGUGUAGCACAGCUUACAAAUGGACAGGCAAAACCAGUUCAAGGAUGGAGAUAACUUGGAGAUCAAGCUUUUCUCCCCACUCCAGUUGAAUCCCUCCUACUGUGUGGGUCUGCAGAGGCUUUCUCCCAUCCCAUCUUCUCCAUGGCCAGUGGAACACUCUGCCUUGGCUGCAUUGCACACUUCUGCUCUCACCCACUGCCCUCACUGCUCAACACAAGGUGAGCCCAACGCUCAGGGAUUGGCACUGCCAGCUUGCUGCAGCAUGUCAGAUGUGGCCACCAGCUCCCAGAGAGCUGAGGAAACUUCUGUGGCAAGGCUGAUUUGAUUUCAGAUGGCAUCUGGUGAUGGCCUGAGCAGUCUUGCCAGCACAGAAUGAAUUGCUGGUAUUCCUGUCAGUGCAGAAAGCUCCGUGGGUGUUUUCAGUGUGUAUUUUCUCUUCUAAAUCCUUGAAACACAUUGACCCUGUAAAUGGCCACAUCAGGUGAUUCUAAGCAUGUUAAUCCAGCUUCCCUGCCAAGCCAGAGGGGAUAAUCGCAUUGCUCAGGCAUGGGACACUGUCAGAUGGUGCAGAGUGGCACGGAUGUCACUGUCACCAAGCCCCCUUUAAUGCUUUUUUCUGUCACACUAAACCUGUCCUGGGACCUCCAAGGUGUUGCUUUAGGGAGAAUCUGGUCCCUUUCUGGAAGAUUCUGCAGAGCUGUCGGUGAUUGCUCUCUCCAGCUGAGAGGAAAAGAGGUGGAAUGAGAAUAGGCUGGUGCUGGGGGGAAAUACAGAGCAAAGUGUAUUGGCAGAGCUCAGGGGGCUCUUUUGGUGUGUGCAGCCCCAGGCAACCCGUGGUCCCUGCUGACACUGUGCAUUAUCCUCUGGAAAGCUUGCAGGGAGUGGCAGGUGCCACCAGCACAAGUGGUGGCUUUGCUGGAAGUAGGGCAGCUCCCAGGAGAUGCCUUCCUAGGCAGGAAAUGCACUUCUGGAAAGACCUGGGAUGGAUCUGGAGCCCAAAUCCACCACACUGGGCUCUCAGGGCUGGAAGCACCAAAGGGAACGGAGUGUGGCAGAGCAGGUGGUUUAGCCCAAAACCUUCUUUAACAAAUACAAGAGCUACGCUAGAGCUUCCCAAAUGUCCUGUAUCAGGAUCUCUCAUCUUCCCUGUCCUCUUGUGGUCUGCUGAAAACUGGAGCAGUGGGAACUGUUUGAUGCAAAGGGAAGGGGCUUUUCACUUCAGGGGACCAACUUCUCCAUUUAUCCCUCCUCUGCUUUCACUCUUAAGUGCUUCCUCUGUGCAAGUGGGCAGAGGACUCAUGUGGCUCCAAUGCCUGGGAGAACAGGGAUGGAGCUGCAGCCUGAUCCACUUUCCAUAAGAAAUAACAUCCCAGUGCUUUCUAGGCAUAUUAGGAAUCACAGCUUGGCACUCAAUGACACUAAAUUAUUCUCGGGGUCCUUUGUAAGGUCUAAUCGUGCCCUGUUCUAGGUUAAAAUAUUUAUUUUGUCUAUAUAUUUUCUUUCCAGUGUGUUUUUUAACCUCUUCUGUUAACUCUUCAUGUGCUGAGAUGUAAGGAAUCAAUGGUUUCUAUUUAAAUAUAUCCUUUGGGUUUUGGGUUUUUUUAAAAUUGUUCUGUGUAGAUUUCAGCUGCAUCUUCAGCAGGUGUAAUAGGUAACAAUGUGCUGUACAGACAUUUAGGGUGUUUAGGGUGUAAGUAAGGCUCAUAGGAGAACUGCUCAUAAAAACGUAGCACGGUGUCUCUAAAGGGAACAGCAUAAAUGCUGAGACUGGUCCUUACUGGGACCCUCACGUAGCCUCCAACAAACCUUUUCCCUUCUGAUUGUCACACCUCCAUCCCUAGGAUGUGCUGCUCAAACCAGCUCUGUCAUUCCCAGGGCUGGUCUUGCACCUCCAAGCUGAAGGAUUUUUUUUUAGUGAGGAUUUCUGUUUGUUUGGCUUCAUUCAGCAUUUUUUGAUGGGAUACAUUGGCUGUUUCCACUUUAAAAUGGAGGCCUGGGAGCUGGCUGUGGUGGCGAGAUGUUUCCCUCCAGUGGUGGAAGAGCAGAUCCAGGCCAUGGUUUCAGGCCCAGGGCAGGGGUGAUGCUCCCUCCUGGCCAGCACAGCCUGUCCCUGCUCUCCUGGUGUCACCUACAGGGACAGCAUGUGCAGCCCAGCAGAGCAAACAAGAUGGAUUUCCAACGCUCUGUUCCAUCCAGUGAGCUGUUGAGUCUCCUGUGGCGGCUGGGAGCCCUGGAGUGGGAGCUGCUUGUGCUGUCUCCAUUGCUGUCCAUCCCCGUCCAGCCCCGUCAUUGUUUACCUCCUCAGGGCUGACCACAAGCCUUGCAGAGCCUCCCCCGGAAAAAAACAGCUCAGAACAGUUAUUUUUAUGGAAAUAGUGAAGCAGUGAGUGGAUUUAGAGCUGUGUUGGAGGUAACCCUUCCUCUGCUGUGAGCUCCCACCAGCACAGGAGACGAGGUGCCCACAGAUCCCCUCCCAGCCACCCAUCCCAAGCCACAGCCUCCAGAGCAGGCUGUGCCUGCCCCAGCUUCCACACAGCUCCUCCUCUUCCUCCUGCUCACCUGGAGAGAGGUGAGGCUGUGUGUCACCAGGAGCCAGCUGGCCUUGAGCAGCACCAGGCUCUGCUGCUGGUUCUCUUCAGCCCAUGGCAAACGCACUACUCCAGAAUUCCCACCCUGCUCCGUGUUUUUAUGAGUACGAGCUCCUCGUUCCCUACAUGUUCCUAUGAGCUGUUGUUAACCCUACAAACGUAACCUGUGUAAUAGCUUCUCUGUAUAUUACAGCUGUAGGCUUUCCAGAUAAAAGUGGAUAAUAUUUAUUUACUGAAGAUACUGGAUAUUUUUUUGUUUGGGAAUGGGGUAGGGGGAGAGAGGGGACAUAACUGUUUAAAGAGAUUGACUAUGUAAAGAGAAACAAAAUACACAAGAAGCAGAGAAACCCAACACUAAAACAUCACUGUAUUCAAGUAGAAGGUGUUUCUGUUAAGGAUGAGACAACUGUAUUAAUCUGCCAUUGUUUAACUUGCUCCAGAAAUCAUCUCCUUGGUUCCUGCAUGUGAGAUAUUCCAAUAAAUACACUGUUAGUGUGA